AUGAGUAAACGUAAAAAUCCUUCUACAAAUGAUAAUUUAAAUGCAGAUUUUUGUGAUUUUUUAAUGGAAUUAGCAGAUUAUGAAAAAAAUGUAAGCCGUAACAUACACAAGUAUAACGCUUACAGAAAAGCAGCAAGUGUUCUAGCAUCUCAUAAUAAAAGAAUAGAAUCAGGCGAUGAAGCAAAAAAACUAAAUGGAAUAGGAGACAAAAUUUCGAAAAAAAUUGAUGAGUUCUUACAAACAGGAAAAUUAAGAAAAUUAGAAAAUAUUCAUCAAGACGAAAAUGCACAAUCCAUUAGUCUACUGACGAGAGUAUCGGGUAUUGGCCCUGUAAAAGCUGCAGAUCUUGUUAAUAUGGGUAUUAAAACGUUAGAGGACUUGAGAAAUAACGAAAAUAAACUAAAUCAUCAUCAACUUAUCGGUUUAAAGUACUUUGAAGAUUUCGAAAAGAAGAUUCCACGACAUGAAAUUCAAGUAAUAGAAGGAAACAUUAUGAAACACGUUAAGAGAGUAGAUCCGGAGUUCACUGUGACCAUUUGUGGCAGCUACAGGCGAGGCAAAGCCGAGAGCGGUGAUAUAGAUGUCUUGGUAACUCACUCAGCAUUGAAUGCUAAUGUUGAGAAAAAAAUAUAUAAGGAAACGCUGUUGAAAAAGAUAGUAGCAGCAUUAGAUGACCUUAUCACGGAUGUUAUUUCAAGUGGAGAUACCAAGUUUAUGGGAGUUUGUCGUUUGUCGGAUCAAGCCGUGCACCGACGCCUCGACAUCAGGCUGGUGCCGCGCGAGCACUUCCACUGCGCCGUGCUGUACUUCACCGGCAGCGACGUGUUCAACAAGGAAAUGCGCGCCCACGCUCUGCAGACGGGCUUCACUUUAAACGAAUACUGUUUGAGACCAAUCGGUGUUACCGGUGUCCCGGGCGAGCCGGUGCAGAUAUCAUCGGAAGAAGAAAUUUUCGACUACAUUGACUAUCCAUACAAGAAACCAGAAGAGAGAAACAUG